AUGGUCCGCUCUCGUGGACUGAAUCGCGCCGGCAACAUCCUCAUCCCGAACGACAACUAUUGCGCGUUCGAGGAUUGGCUGUCACCCAUUCUUGAUGAUUGCUUGAAGGAGCAGGAAGAAGGUGGAUACAGCUGGACUCCUUCAAAGCUCAUAAAACGAUUAGGAGAGAAAAUCAACAACGAGGAUUCCAUACUUUACUGGGCAGCGCGAAAUCACAUUCCUAUCUUCUGCCCAGCUUUGACAGACGGAAGCCUCGGGGAUAUGCUGUAUUUUCACUCCGUCAAAAACUCGCCGGGACUUCGUUUAGACAUUGUGGAGGCCAGUGACAUUGUUCAUUGUGGUUUUGUUUUGGUUUCAACGAGCGUGCACAGUAAUCUGAUAAGUGGACCUUUUUUCUUGCACGAGCGACACAGGGACGUGCGUCAUAUCAAUACGAUGGCAGUGAAGAGCCACAAGACGGGAACUUUAAUUCUUGGGGGCGGAGUCGUAAAACAUCACAUCAAUAAUGCGAAUCUGAUGAGGAAUGGCUCGGAUUUCACCGUCUAUAUCAAUACCGGAAUGGAGUUUGAUGGUUCAGACUCUGGUGCGCAGCCCGACGAAGCGGUUAGCUGGGGGAAGGUGAAACCCGCAGCUCAAUCUGUGAAGGUGUGCGCAGAUGCCACGUUGGUGUUUCCGCUGCUGGUGGCUGAAACGUUCGCCAAAAGAGUUUACAAAAAAGCCAAAACCACUACGUAA